AUGUCUGAAACACAACAGAAAGUACCAGAAAACAAGGGUGCUGACUCCACUAAAAAGAAGCAACCCCGCUGGAUUUUGCACUACAACUCGCUUAGUGCAACAUUGUGGUUUGUGGUGCUCAGUAAUACCAUUUAUUUCACUGCGUUUUAUGGCCAGCCGCAAUUCUUCACCUCGACUUCCCGGUUAUUAACAGUGAUCCAAUGUUUCGCAGCCGUCGAAAUAUACAAUUCUUUGGUUGGCAACGUCCGUGCGCCACUAUUCACCACCAUCGCCCAAGUGUCCUCCCGGCUUUUGGUAGUGCUUGGGGUAUUCACGGUGCUUCCUAAUUCUGAAAUUAAUUACGGCUUCGCUUAUGUGACAUUAUCCAUUGCUUGGUCGAUCACAGAAAUUGUUAGAUACUCGUUCUAUGCCAUUAAUAUCGAGACUGGUGGGAACGCCCCAGAUUUCUUGGUGUGGUUGAGAUACUCAACUUUCAUCCCGUUGUACCCAUUGGGGAUCUCCAGUGAAUGUUGGAUCAUUUAUAAUUCAUUAACCGACGCUGAUAAUGUUGUUGGUGUUUGGUACAAAUGGUUCUUCAUUGGAUCUCUUCUCACAUAUGUUCCAGGCUCUUAUGUUCUUUUCACAUACAUGUUGAAUCUGAGAAAGAAGGUCAUGAAGUCUUUGAAGGAACAAUCCGAUAAAAAGAAGAAAUGA